AUGAGCAAGCGCCAGAAUGACUCCAAUCUGCCGAAAAAAGGCCCACAUCGACCUCACAAACGACACAAGCCCGGCGAGUCACGUGACAGACCGCGAUUCAAGAUCCCACUCAUUGAAAAUUGGCUGCUGAUUUUCUUGCGGUCUGGAAAGCACUUCUUUUACAACAAGGAGACGAAACAAUCGGCGUGGGAGGCACCGGACCACGUGGAUGACUUUCUCUACAAUAAUGUAGAUCAGAAUUUGGUUCUUGUGCUUCUAGCGCGUGCCAGAGGAUUACGGAAGAAGGAUGAUGUUUACUGGCGUGUUGGAGAGGAUACUCUCUACCAGCGACUGAGGCUUUCUGGGGUCGACAAUGCAAUGUCGAAAGUUGUUUCCGCCAAGAUUGAGACACCGUCCCAAACUUCCCAACUGGAAACUUCAACUGUGGAGAGUGCCGAAGGUGCAGCAGAGUCAGCAUCUGUUGGUAUGGAGGCACAUGAAUCGGAUUCAGAGGAGUUUUCUUCAUCGGACGAAUCUGAAGGAGAAAACAACGGUAUUGAUUUCUCUGCUCUUCUGAGUGAGGAUGAGGAGGGAAUGGAAAUCAAUGGGGAUGUGGGACCUUCGGAAGGUGCCAAAACCACUUUCAAGGAGUUGCUGAACGCUUACAAUGUCAAUCCAUUUUCUACUUGGGACAAGGAGUUGGAUAAACUGGUUGAUGACGACCGGUAUGAGGUCUUGGAGACUCGAUUGGAUAGAGAGAAUGUGUUCAACGAGUGGGCCAAGGAUGUGAUUCGGCAGAGGAAGGAGGCCAAGGAGGCCGAGGCCGGCGGUGAAGAUGAGCUUGAAGUUGACAUUUCUGCAGCCGAGGAGUUUGUGAUGCUUCUGAAGGACACAUUCAGAAAGGGCAAGUUUUACGUGGAGUAUCGGCGAAAGAACAAGGGAGAUGAGCGGUUCAAGGCGAUUGAUAUCACCGACAAAGAGCGAGAGUCUGUCUACCGAGCAUACUCCAAGGUAGCUCCCACAAAAAAAAAGGAGCGGGUUACUGCUUUUAAGAAGCUUCUGGAGGACAACAAGGCGUUGAUCAAUGCGGAGACAAACCUCGGAAACCUGCACACCACCAUUUCCAAUGACAUAGCAUGCAUGGUGCUUGACAUUGAAGAGCGAGCUGAGAUUCUGGACGAGUUUGUGUCCAAGCUUACCAGAGGUCAGAUUGAGUCGGUGGAAGAGGCCAAGAAGAAGCGACAGGAGAGAUUGCUAUACGAAAAGAGCAAGGCUGCGCAUAUCGAACGGAAGAAGGCAGAAUGGGGCAUUGAAAAGGGCAAGAAGAGGCUGGACAAGCAAAAUAGGGAUCUGGAUAGAGAGGUCCAGAAGCUCGGUAUGGGAGGGCUCAAGAGCCAGUUGAAAUAG